GCGGCGGGGCGCGCGAGUGGCGCGGGCGUAGGGCGGGCGCAGCCGGGAGAAGCUGAGGGGGCGGCAGCGGCGGCGGGGACGACUCCCGCGCGUGUGCUCAGCUCCUCACGCCGCGGCUGGGGCCGCCUUAUUCCUCCUUCUCUCCCUCCCUUCCGCCCCCGAGUGCGGCGGCACCGCCUCCUUCCGCGCCGCGCGGCUUCCUCCAGACCUCUCGGCGCGGGUGAGCCCUGUUCUCAGAGGCAGCUGGUGCUGACCCUGUGACACAAAAGAGAAAAUUGUGGGCUGAGCUGAGUCUUGGUACUGGUGGCCACCAUGUCCUUGAAGAUCCAGACAAGCAACGUAACUAACAAGAAUGACCCCAAGUCUAUCAACUCUCGGGUCUUCAUCGGAAACCUCAACACAGCUGUGGUGAAGAAGUCAGAUGUGGAGACCAUUUUCUCCAAGUAUGGCCGUGUGGCCGGCUGUUCUGUGCACAAAGGCUAUGCCUUUGUCCAGUAUGCCAACGAGCGUCAUGCCCGGGCAGCUGUGCUGGGAGAGAAUGGGCGGGUGCUGGCCGGGCAGACCCUGGAUAUCAACAUGGCGGGAGAGCCCAAGCCCAACAGACCUAAGGGGCUAAAGAGAGCGGCAUCUGCCAUAUACAGUGGCUACAGCUUUGACUAUGAUUACUACCGGGACGACUUCUACGACAGGCUCUUCGACUAUCGGGGCCGCCUGUCACCUGUGCCAGUGCCCAGGGCCGUCCCUGUGAAGCGACCCCGGGUCACAGUCCCCUUGGUCCGGCGCGUCAAAACCACCAUACCUGUCAAGCUCUUUGCCCGCUCCACAGCCAUUACUGCCAGCUCAGCCAAGAUCAAGUUAAAGAGCAGUGAGCUGCAGACCAUCAAGACAGAGCUGACACAGAUCAAGUCCAACAUCGACGCUCUGCUGGGCCGCUUGGAGCAGAUUGCUGAGGAGCAGAAGGCCAACCCAGAUGGCAAGAAGAAGGGCGAAAGCAGCAGUGGCAGUGGUGGGGGUAGUAGUGGUGGCAGCAGCCGGCCACCUGCCCCUCAAGAGGACACGGCUUCUGAGGCAGGCACGCCCCAGGGAGAAGCACAGACUCGAGACGACGGCGAUGAGGAGGGGCUGCUGACACACAGUGAGGAAGAACUGGAGCACAGCCAGGACACAGACGCGGAGGAUGGGGCCUUGCAGUAAGCAGCCUGGCAGGAGUGAUGGCCACCGGCAGGAGAAGGGCAUGCACUGUACCAGGCCUAAAGCUGGGCACCCACCCCUGGAGACUACCCCCAGCGGGUCCCAGGAGAGCUGGCAGCAGGCACCUCCUCCCCCACACAUCCCAGCCAGUGCCACAUCCUCUGCAGGUGGAGUUAUUGGCCUCCCCUUCCCAAGUGCCCUCCCUUUUGGCACUGCCCAGGCUACAGGGCAGAGCACAGAGGUUUCCCUACACUCUACCUCCCCUCCUAGGACACUCCCAGGCUUGGGGUUUUUCUAUAGGUUUGGAGAGGGGAGGGUCACAGGGAGGGUACCCUGACAAUAAAGAGAUUGGAUCCCAACUUGCUCUGA